AUGUUUUCUUCUUAUGCUGCUGAUUGUUUGCGUUUUUCAUUCGCUUCUUGCAUUGGAGAAAAUUUUCAUGUCAUUCUUGCUUUGUUCCUCAGGACUCAUUUUAUUCUGGUUUCUAACCUUCUAUUUUUUUUUAGCGAUUUUGGUGCUUUGGAUGAUUUACGCUUAUUCUCGACAUUUAUGGCGAUAUUUGCAUUUAUUCUCACUGUAAUACAUAGUCGUCGAUCUGAACUAAUCACUCGAUUCGAUUUCAUUUGGAAAUUACAGGCAAUUGAUGAGGGAAAGGAAAUGGAGAAAAAGCACUCACAGAAUCGUGCUGUCCUCGAAAAUAUUCUACCUGCCCAUGUUGCGGAAUAUUUUCUUCGUGAAAAUUUGACGCAAAGGAAUGAAUUAUAUCAUGAAGGACGUGAUAAUGUUGCAAUUGUUUUUAUAACCAUAACGGAUUUUGAUAAAUUUUAUAUGGAAUUGGAUGCUAAUAAUGAAGGAGUUGAAUGCCUCAGGCUACUCAACGAAAUUAUCGUCGAUUUUGACACGCAAUUGAGUCGCGAUGAAUUCAAAUGCAUUGAGAAAAUCAAGACAAUAUCAACAACGUACAUGGCUGCCUCAGGCUUAACUGGCCAAGUAAUCGGCAAUGCUCAUGUUGUAGCUAUUGCCAAGUUUGCGAUAAGGCUUAUGGCACUUAUAAAAUAUAUUAAUGAACAUUCAUUUAACAAUUUUAAUCUCAGAAUAGGUAUUAAUGUUGGACCGGUUGUUGCUGGAGUUAUUGGAGUGAAAAAGCCACAUUACGAUAUUUGGGGUAAUUCAGUAAACGUCGCUAGUCGAAUGGAUAGUUCUGGUGUUCCAGGAAAAAUUCAGGUAACUGAAGAAACUAAAAAGAUAUUGGAACAAGAAGGUAUGGAAUGUGAAUGUCGAGGAGUUAUUAAAAUAAAGGGUAAAGGAGAUAUGCGAACCUAUUUCCUGAAAGUUUCCGACGAGGAUAUUUGCAUAGAUUUUGGAAAGCCUUGA